AUGUUCAGAGGAAUCUUCUGGGGAUUUUUGGAUGUAAUGCUGGCAGGCCGCCUGCUGUGGUCGACCACAGGCCUGCUGAUGGUGGAUCGCACAGAGAUGCAGAGGAGGACCAGGGAGCGCAACAAAGCCAUCUUGGAAAUGCUACAUAUUAAUAUGUCUGCGAACCAUCAGGCCAUAGCCACAUCUUACAUGAGGGAGAUAUAUCAGCGUUUGGACUCACUGGAGGUUCAGGACUUUGCAAGUUCAGAUGGAACGCUGGUGCAGAGUUUGCGGAGUGUUGUUGGUCCACAUUAUGCUCGUCCAGGGUGGAUCUGGUUCAACGUCAGCAGCCUGAAUCCCCCAAUGCUUGGGGCAGAGUUGGUUCUGUUCAGGAAGACCCUGCACCCCCGCCCCAUCAGUGUGACUGUGACCCUGCACAGUGUAACAGCCUGGCAGGGAGCUUUGAAGGAGAGUCCGGCCCUGGAGGAGAGAUUGCUGACCCUGGACCAGAGAUCCUCAUCUGGAUAUGAUGUGUUUGAUGUCUCAGCUGUUCUGCCUGUGAAGCUUCUGGGGGGGGUGGGCUUUCAGCUGCAUUAUACAGACGAGAGUGGGAGUCUGGUCCUCCAUGAAGCACUAACACAAAGUCUUUACUGUUUAAACAGAGGAUCCCUGAGGGAACCUUGCUGGUGCUUUACCAGUCAGCCCCCCUACACAUUUAACGCUGUGACCACUGUUAGUGUGAAGCUGAUCACUAAACAAUUCACCCCUUAUACGGUGGCUUUGCAAACUGUUUGA